AUGUUAAUUGUAAUUGUAUACACAGCAUAUUAUUUGGAUAGAUCCAGUGAAGAAGAACAGUCCCGUGUUAUGUUCAUUAUUUUCUUAUGGUCUUAUGAAUAUACCGCACUAAUUAUCAGUUUACAAUUCUGUUUAAACUCAUUCAUUGAUUGUCAUUCGAGCAGUGGGAAAACUGAAUGA